AUGAACUUUUACAGCCAGAAAAUAAUAAACCGGGGAAAUAACCGAAAUGAGAAUGAAGACCCCAAUUUCGGGGCCACCGAAAGCAACCUAAAUAACCUAGGCAACGUCACAAACCCAUAUGUAGGCAAAAAAAUAUAUGAAGGUGGCUACAACAAACCAAGCAAUAAUCUAAUUCCCAGUGCCCCCUUUGAAAAUAACUUUUACCAAAGUAGUGCCGCACCAAAAGGUUUCAACUUUGCUCAGAAUGGUGGAAGCGGUGGGGGCAACCUCAAUCACAACAGUGUGGUGACGAGCCCAUUUAACAACCCGCCAAGUGCUAGCCACGAUGUGGACACAAGUGGGGACUCCUUUUUUGGAAGCUUCAUCUCAAGCAAUAAAAAUAAAUUAAAAGAAAAUGAAAAUAAACGAGAACAGGAUGAAGAGGAAGAGGAGGAGGAACUGCCCCUACUGGAAGAAUUAGGAAUCAAUUUUGACUUAAUUUCGAAAAGGAUGAAAUCUGUUUUUAUGUUUUACAAAAUCGACGACACGCUGUUCGAAAAUUCAGACCUUUCCGGGCCGCUCAUCAUUGUCCUCGCCCUGGGGUUCAUUCUGCUGCUGGCCGGAAAAGCCUCCUUCAGUUACAUCUACCUGAUCGGAAUUGUCAGCAGCCUGAGCAUAUACCUUCUUCUCAACAUGAUGAGUCAGGUGGGAAAAAAUAAAAGUAGAUGA